GAGCCCGGUGUCCAAGGUACCUGCUAUUCGUCGUACCUGAACUGUUUCCUCCGCAAUGUCAGCCAGACGACGACGCAGACCGCUACAGUUAUCACUGCGAUUCCACCAACCAUGCCUCCGACAAUGGCACCUGUAGAGUUAGAAGAUGAGCCGGACGGAGGUGGCGUGGGUGUUGCAGUAUCCGAAGGAUCUGCAGUCCUGAUGGCGUCUAGGUCGUCGGACUCAGUAUCUAUCACCAUGACUCUUUGCCCGCUGUCGUCAGGAUAUUCGUAUUUGAGCCACGUUUUCUGUUCCGAUUCAUGGGGGUCUCAGGAGUAUCAUAUAGUACGCUGGCAUGUUUGGACAUGA